AUGUCUCUACUCGAUCAAAAUUGGGGUGGUAUUGGUGGUACUGAUGAUGAAGCAUUAGAUAAUGAUCAUCCAGGAAGACAAAUUUUAACAUCUCGUGAUGGUACAUUAAUGUUAAUUGAAUGUGCAAAAGAAAUGUUUGAACCAUUAUCUAAUACAAUGAAAUCAAAUUCAACAAUUAAUGAGAAUGAAAAUAAUGAUGAUGAUGAUGAUAAUAAUGAAUUAAAAACUGGUUUUCAAUUAGUUAUGCGUGCAUGUCAACGUUUUUAUCAAUCAAAAAUUAUAUCAAAUGAUAAAGAUCUUAGUGGUAUUAUAUUAUAUGGAACAGAAAAAAAUAAAAAUUCAUUUGAUUUUAAUAAUAUUUAUAUACUUCAUGAUUUAGCACAACCAUCAGCUGAACGUAUAAUACAAUUAGAAAAUUUAUCAAAUAAAGAAACAUAUAAAAAAACUUAUGAAGAUUUAUUUGGUUUAACACCAUCAAAAGGUUAUUCAUUAAAUGAAGCAUUAUGGACAUGUUCAAAUUUAUUUUCAAAUUCAUUACAACGUUUAACAAUAAAACGUAUAUUUAUAUUUACAUGUAAUGAUCGACCACAUGCAUUAAAUAUAAUAUUAGAACGACAAGCUAAACAACGUGCUAAAGAUUUAUAUGAUGUUGGUAUUCAAGUUGAAAUAUUUCCUAUAUUAACUGAAACAAUAACAAAAUUUGAUUAUAAAAAAUUUUUUCAAGAUAUUUUAAUGUUAAGUGAUGAUGAACUUGAUUUAAAAAAUAAUCAAAUAACAACAGGAAGAUUAAAUGAAUUAUUAAAACUUGUUUAUUCAAAAGAACAUAAAAAACGUGCUUAUUGUACUGUACCAUUUUCAUUAGGAAAUUCUUCGGAUGGUACACAAUUACAAUUUUCUGUAUCAGUUUUUAAUAUGGUUCGUCCUUGUCCAAAACCAACCAAGAUUAAAUUAGAUAUGAAAACAAAUAUGGAAACAAAACUUGUUACAAAACAUUAUCUUCCUGAAACAGCUGAAAUUCUUAUGCCAUCUGAUAUACAAUAUGGUAUAGAUGUAUCAAAUCGUCGUGUUUUAUUUGAUGCUGAUGAAAUAAAAGCAAUAAAAAAAUUUGGUGAUCCCGGUUUUCAAAUACUCGGUUUUAAAAAUCUUUCAUGUUUAUUACCACAUCAUUAUGUUAAACCCGGUCAUUUUAUUUAUCCCGAUGAAAAAUAUAUUGAAGGAAGUUCAUGUUUAUUUAAUGCUUUAUUAAAAAAAUGUUUAGAAAAAAAAAUGUUUAUUCUAUGUCAAUUUAUUGCAAGACGAAAUACACCACCACGUCUUGUUGCACUUAUUCCACAAGCUGAAGAAAUUAAUAAAAAAGAUCCAAAUGAUCGUUUAGCAUCAAAUGGUUUUCAUGUAUAUUAUUUACCUUAUGCUGAUGAUAUAAGAACAUUACCAAAGAAUGAUACAGCACGUUUAGAUGAUGAUAAUGUUGAUUUAUUUAAAAAUGUUGUACGUAAUUUAAAAUUUAAAUAUCGUCCUGAAAAAUUUGAAAAUCCUGCAUUACAAACAUUAUGGAGAAAUAUUGAAGCAACAGCAUUAAAUAAAAAUAAACCAGAAGAAUUUAUUGAUUUAACAAUACCAAAUAUUGAAAAUCAAAAUAAAAAAGUAGCUGAAUAUAUUGAUGAAAUUAAACAAACAAUUUUUCCACCUGAUUAUAUUAUGGGUGUUGCAAAAAGAUCAGCAACAAAACGAAAGGCUGAUGCAGCUACUACAUCAGUGAGUUCAAAAAGAACCAAAUCAGACGAUGAUGUCGACGUUGAAGCUGCUGCACACAAUAAUUUAUUAACCAAAUUAACCAUACCAAUACUUAAAAACUAUUGUAAAGAAAAAGGGUUCUGUUCGUGCGUAUAUUCAAUAAUGUCACAUAAUAUAAAAUCAUCAAUAGAAUCAGCAAAUAUUGCUGAACAUGGUCCACCAGCGUCUAUUGGUGAACAUCCAAAUGCAAUUACAAAUCGUUUUUAUACAUAUGAACGUAUACAAGAAAUUGUUGCUUUUAUUCAAAAAUUAGCACCAACUAAACCAGAAUUAGCUAUUAUAUGUGGUUCAGGUCUUGGUGGUUUAGCUGAAUUAAUUGUUGAGAAAAUUGUAAUACCUUAUGCUGACAUUCCACAUUUUCCAAAAUCAACAGUUGCUGGUCAUCGAAGUAACCUUGUAUUGGGUAUAUUGAAUGGUGUUUAUGUUGUUUGUAUGCAAGGCCGUCUUCAUUCAUAUGAAGGAUAUACUACAGCUACGUGUGCUUUUCCAGUGCGAGUUAUGCAUAUGCUUGGUGCACAUUCACUUAUUGUUACUUGUGCUGCUGGUGGUAUUAAUGAUGAUUAUAAUGUUGGUGAUAUCAUGUUAAUUAAAGAUCAUUUGAAUUUUCCUAAUCUAGCUGGAAAUAAUCCACUUAUUGGUCAUAAUGAUGAAAGAUUUGGACCACGUUUUCCACCUGUUGGUCAUGCAUAUGAUCGAGAAUAUUUAUUAGAAAUGAAAAAAAUUGCUAAUAAAAAUAAUCUUCAAUUACGUGAAGGAGUCUAUUGUGGAUUAGGUGGUCCAUGUUAUGAAACUAUUGCUGAAAUAAAUAUGCUUAAGUUACUUGGUGGUGAUGCUGUUGGUAUGUCAACUGUUCAUGAAGUAACAUUCGCAGCUCAUUGUGGUAUGCAUACACUUGGUAUGGCAUUAAUAACUAAUAUAGGUUUAUCGGAUUAUAAUAUAACACAUGAAGUUGGUCAUGAUGAUGUAAUUCGUAUAAGUGAACUUAAAGCUAAUGAUUUACAACAAUUGGUUUUUAACUUUGCUGAUGUUAUUAAAAAGAAAUCAUCUUCAAAGAAAUAA